AAGGUUACGUGACUGGCAGCUUUCGGGUUUGUCAUGUCUUGAAGGUCGAUUUCCACCAUGGCUUCCCUCGUGAACGCAAGAAUGUUUGUUUGCAGAGAAGCAGGCGGCACCUUUGGCAAGAUGGAGGCUGCCAGAGAGGAGGAGUACUUCAGAAGAAAGAACGCAGAGCAACUUGCUGAAAUAAAGAAAAUUCACGAAGAUCAGAUAUCAUACCAUGAAGAAGUGAUAAAACAUCACCAGGAAAGUAUUGACAAGAUUAAAAGCCAUCACCACUACGAAGAAGACGAUGAUAAGGAUGAUAAGAAGUAGGACAAGUAGAAGAGAUGGGACACAAGGACCUACUUAGGCCGCUCACAAUUUAUCUGACAAUUGGUUAACAUUUUUAACAAUGAGGGAGUGGGGCACUAGCUUUCUACAAAAUGUGUUUAGACUCGUAUCAUCAACAAAAAUAAAGGUGAAUUUCAGCUUUGAAAUUCAUGCCUUUCACCGUGGUAAGGGUCUUUCUUUCAUUGUUUAUUUCAGUGAAAUGCUGGAGAGAUGGCAAGAGAAUAGCAAGUUGAAAGAAAGUCAUCACGUAGAUUGCAGUUAAAAGUUUUCCUCCCCCCAAAUAGGACUGUUCGUCACAGUCUGUUCUUUCAGUCACGUACAAUGCCAGCUAAUUUGUGAGCCUGCAAUGCAUUUAAUAACCUCCAAGCACUUAAAGGACAGAGUUGGUGUGUGAUGUUCACUUGUAUACUACACCCAUUUGAUUUAAGACUUUUUUCUGUGACAUUUCGAAGAACCACUAGGUCUCAAAUUGUUUAUAGUGUUUAAUUGUUCUAUAACUGCCACAUGCUUGAUUACUGUGUAAUUGAUAUGAUUACAAACUUAUUAGUGUUCUCUUCUCUUUCCUCUAGCUUAAAUCUGUCAUUUAAUGAUGUGUUGUUUAGAACAUCCUUGUGUGAGUGGAUUUGUUGUUUAUUAUCAAAUAAAUAAUUGGAGAGAA